AUGAGUUCCUGCACCGUGCCAGAGCAAUUGUCGGUCGGUGACGAAAAUGUUGUUGUUGUGACUGGUGAUGACCAGCUCCAGCAGCAAGAUUAUAUGGACCGCUCCAAGGUGCAUGACAUGUUCCACAUCUUGGAAAAGGAGGUGUUCCUCCACUCAUGCACUGUCGCUCCCAAGGAUGUUCCUGGUGUCCAGAAAAUCACGCGCCUUGCCAAUGAGAUGGAGAUACCUGUCUGUCCAUUCUCCAUGGGUAGAGACCUUGGGUAUGGAGGUGCUGCUCCUCGUGUACCUGGCAGCAUCGGUCUUGACAUGGGCAAAAACAUGAACAAAGUGCUCAAAGUCGACGCGGAUAGUGCUUAUGCUCUUGUUGAGGACGGUGUUUCUUUCUUUGACCUGCACGAAUACCUUGUUGACCAUGAUCUACGAGACAAGGUCUGGGCCGAUUGCCCUGACUUGGGCGGCGGCUCUGUCAUUGGUAACACUAUGGAGAGAGGCAUUGGUUAUACUCCUUACGGAGAUCACUAG